CUGCCUGACUUCCUUCUUCCCAUCCAUCUCAGACAAUACAAAGACAAAGAGGAGGAGCACCAGGGCGGCUUCUUCUCCACCCUCACCAGUAUGGUCGGCAGCAUGUUCAUAGCAGAUGCGGAUGAGAAGCUUUCUGUGCAGACAAAUGAGGCGAUUCUGCUGGCUCUCUAUGAGGCCGUGCACCUGAACAGAAACUUCAUCACCGUGUUAGCACAGAGCCACCCUGAGAUCGACAUCGCGGCGACGCCCCCCGUCCCGACUCCCACCACUCCCACGACUCCCCUCGGCACCACGCCGCCCUCCCUAGACAUGCUGAACAACCCCGAGCUGCCCUUGGAUCCCAACCUGCAGACCAGCAACCUGCUCAUUACCUUCCUAAAAUACGCCUCCAUUGUGAUGCAGGACACUAAAGACGAGCACCGACUGAACAGCGCCCGCCUGUGCCUGAUCAUCCUCACCUGCAUAGCUGAGGUUCGAGCUCCGCCCCCCCGAACCGCCCCCCGGCCCCUCCACACGUCUGAACUGCUGUGCUUUGGUCUCUUUGUGUCACAGGACCAGUAUGCCGAUGCCUUUCUUCACGAUGACAACAUGAACUUCAGAGUCAGCCUCCACAGGAUGCCCAUGAGACACAGGAAAAAAACUGUGGACAAAAAUAUUCCCUCUCGUCCGCUGGUGUGUGCGGUUUUAGAUUUAAUGGUGGAGUUUAUCGUCACUCACAUGAUGAAGGAUUUCCCCAUGGAUUUAUACUUGCGCUGUGUGCAGAUCAUCCACAAACUCCUGUGUUACCAGAAGAAAUGCAGAAUCAGGUUACACUACACAUGGAGAGAGCUCUGGUCAGCUCUCAUCAACCUGCUGAAGUUCCUGCUGUCCAACGAGACCACGCUGCUGGCCAAGCACAACAUCUUUCAUCUGGCCCUGCUGGUCGUGAACCUGUUCAACAUGUUCAUAACCUACGGAGACACGUUCCUGCCCACCUCCAACAGCUACGACGAGCUCUACUAUGAAAUAGUACGAAUGCACCAGGUGUUUGACAACCUCUACUGCAUGGUUUUGAGAGUAUCGACCAACACGGGCCAGUGGAAGGAGGCAGCCAGCAAAGUCACGCACGCACUGGUUAACAUUCGGGCCAUCGUCAACCAUUUUAAUCCUAAAAUUGAGUCGUAUGCUGCUGUGAACCACAUCUCCCAGCUGUCAGAGGAACAGGUUUUGGAGGUGGUACGGUCCAACUACGACACGCUGACCCUCAAACUGCAGGACGGCCUGGACCAGUUUGAGAGGUAUUCGGAGCAGCCAAAGGAGGCCGCUUUCUUCAAGGAGCUGGUGCGCUCCAUCAGCCUGAACGUGAGGAAGAACGUCUCUCUGAACACGCUGAGUCAGGACGUGCUGCUCAAAGAGUUCUCCACCAUCUCCUGA